AUGCAAAAAGCGCGUAGGCCUCACACGAAAUCGCGAUACGGCUGCGACCACUGCCGCCGGAGACGCGUCAAGUGCGACGAGCAGGGCCCGCCAUGCACCAAUUGCAUUCUGCGCCAACUCAGCAAUUGCACGUACUCGCGUGUCUUCCCGGCUUCUGCAAUCGCCAAUGCCCGUCGCUCAAGUGCUGGUCAGAGCGACGGACACUCUCGAUCCUUGAAUGGGGCCGGGGUCGCGGUGUCCAGCGCAUCGCCAACCCCGCCGCCUAAACCCCACGCAGUCGACGAACUAGAGCUGAUGCACCAAUUCACCGCGGAGACAUACCAAAGUCUUUGCGCGAGUGAAUCGGAGACGCGCAUAUGGCAGGUCGUGGUACCUCGUCUAGCCUUGAAGCACCGCUACCUAAUGCAUGGGAUUCUGGCCCUCGCAUCGCUCCAUAUCGCUACGACGCGCGACCCGCCAGACGCGUUGCCUUACGUCGACGCUGGACUGGAGUAUCAUAGUACGAGUCUGGAGCCAUUCCGGAUUGCAAUUGGGAACCUCACACCUGAGAACUGUGAUGCAGCGCUCGCGCAAUCUGUUGUCACCACGGCCAUCAGCCUGGUCCUGCCGCAGUUAACGGCCCUUCGCGACAACGCGAUGCGCAUGACGGAGAAUAUAAUUACAGUAUUUGAACUACUGCAGGGGGUUAAGAAAAUCCUGACGAUUGGGAAACGGCAAUCUUGGGUAAAUCUGGAAUUGUUCUCGAGGGGCGAGUUCUGGCAGAAGGAUCGUCUGGCCACGCUGGAUGGCGACACGAAUGCGGCAUUGGAUCAGCUGGUUGCUCUAAAAGGGGAGUACGGCUUAGGAGUCAACGACGAUGUAUUGAACCAUCUCCGGCACUGCUUUACGAAGUUCUCGUGCUCUCCAGGACCUGCGCCUGUUAUUUCUUGGCUUGCCGCUGUCGAUAAGGAGUUUGUGCAUAGCCUGCGGCAAGGAAAGUCGUUUUCCAUGCUGGUCCUGGCAUACUGGGGUAUUCUCCUGGGUGAACUUGAUGGAAAGCGGUGGUGGGCAAGGAACUCUGGCCGCGCUCUGGUGUCCGAGUUGAUAGCGAGUUUGGGAACCCAAGGUACUCUAUGGGACGGAUGCCUAGGCUGGGUGCAGCGGAAAUUAGCCCAGGGUCCCGGGGUGUCUGCACAGUCUAUAUGUGAAGGUAGUCCAAACGCAGCUGCACAAAUAUAA